AUGAAGAAUCACAGCAAUAUCGCGUCAGGUGCAUACGAAGAUCAUUCACAGUUCGAUAGCGAUGAAAGCAAUAACGGCAAUAGCGACAACACACAAAAUAGCAUUACAAGCACCACUACUGGCGAACAUCAACAAAUGCCGCAGGAAAUUCCGGUCACCUGUGGCAAUGACAGUGAUGGUAACCUCAACAAGCAACCUGCAACUCUCGAUCUUUCCAUCAACGCACCAACGCAAGCACUAUCGAGUAUUCUUAUUGUUAGGCCGUUCGCAUCAUUCGACGGCAUUGGAGUGCACAGCGGGGUACCGACCCGCACCACUCCAACACUGACACCGACCACGUUAAAGAACAUCGAGCAGACGUUCAUGGAAGCAACUAGCGACUCGCAGAUAAAUUUACCAUACCAGGCGGGAUUCGUGCCUCCGUCCUAUCCGAUGGAGGAUCACAGUCAAGACGAGGGUGUAAGCCAAGAGUCGCUUAGUUCAGCCUCAAACGGUUCCUGGCACGUGUCGGGCUCGCACCAUGGUUACACUGGUGACGAUCUCGAUUCGAAAUCAUCGGCAUCACUGGAACAACCCUCUUCCACGCGCAGCCGUCGAUCUGCUUUUGCAACGAGCGCAGAUGAUAACGCGAAAAAUGAAUCUGGUUUGAUGGAGGCUGGGAGUGCGUUUACGAUUGGUUCAUCAGUCAGUACGACUUCCGGUACCGUGUCACGUAGUGGUGGUGGAAGACGAAAUGUGGGUGGCCGACGUCCCCACAAGCCAUCUAAUCUCACACCCGAAGAAGAGGAAAAGCGCCGUAUAAGACGCGAACGAAAUAAACAAGCAGCGGCACGGUGUCGAAGACGACGCGAGGAUCAUACCAACGAACUGGUGGAUGAAACGGAUCAACUUGAAAAGAAGCGUCAAUCUUUGGCACAGGAAAUUCAGCAACUGCAGCAGGAGAAGGAUGAUCUGGAGUUCCUACUCGAAUCCCAUCGAGAGCACUGUCGCUUGCAGGCUCGCCGUAGCAGCCCAAUUGACCUAAAACCAACAGAGCUUGAGAACAUUGCUACAUUUGUGCUGCCAAAGAUCAAGACCGAACCCGAUGAAGAAUUUGCUCAUCAGCAGCAUAACCAUCCGACUCAACUUAAGGAACAUCUCGUCACUGAUGCCGUUGAACAUGUGACAACUUCCAAAAAGCUUAAACUUUCGAAUGUACAUAGCGAUAGUCUCGAGACACCAACACCAACCAGCAGUGCCUUUGCUCCCCUUGUAGGUGUUGGACUCGCAGGCAGUAGAUCAUCAGCAAUUAUUGGAAAUAGUGGCCGUCCAACACGCCCAGAUAGCUUGGAUGUGAAGUCUGCUGCGCAAUAUCCAUUGAUCGCUAGGAGCGAUGCGGGAGGACCAGUGGGAAUCUCAACUCCCUCGAGCGGGUUGUUUAACUUCGACAGCCUGAUGGAGGGUGGAACUGGGCUCACACCAAUUGCUGCCCCGAUCAGUUUCCCACCGAAUCGGAAUCCACUGGAGCUUAUCACACCGACCAGCACAGAACCAUCGAAGCUAUGUAGUCUAUAG